AUGUUAAAAACAAUAAAAAUUAAUAAUCUGCAACCAGAAAAGACUUCGUAUCGAAAUGAUUCACCAUUGCCUUACGAUAAAAUCUGGUUGGAUAAGAUGAAUAAUGGUUCUGAUUCAAAGUCUUCAAAUAAUUAUAAAAUUCAAUACACACUCACCAAUGGUCCAGCAAGUAGCUAUUCACAAAAUGCCGUAUUACAAGCAUUUUUACUUGCAUAUAAUCGACAUGAAGAUAUAAUAUUAUCGCCUGAUGAUCUUUGGUUGUUGAUCACAAUACAUUUUUCGAAAUAUGUUAAUUCAAAAUCUGAGCAACUUCGACAUAUAUUUGUUGAUCAUCAAGACAAGAAAAAACUUGUCGUUGUAGAACCUGUGGGAAAGCGUGAAGAAGAUUGGACAGAUUUUUUUGGCAAGAUGCAAACAGAAAUAUCAAAAAAUGUAAAAAGUUCUGAAGUGAUUGAUAAUUUAAUAAAUAAUUUUUCAACAACAACUGAAAUUGAACUCACUUUAUCCUAUGCAUGCAUUAUGGACACGUUUAAAUCGUAUUUUCAAUAUGUUCGAUGUAUUCCUAUGUGUGGUAUAAGAAAUGUUCAUUUUAUAGGUACUUUAUCAGAUUGGGAAUUAUUAAAACAAAAAGCAGAACAAUUAAUGAGUUAUACAAUUUAA